ACGAAAAGGCACAACUUCAUUUCCAAUCCCAGCAACCUACACAAUAGCCCAAAAUUUCGCCCCAAAGAAAAGUUGUUUGUUCAUUAGCAGUUCGUUAACAGCUUCCCAACGCGAAUUUCCCAUUCCAUCCAACCGAAAAGAAAAAAAAACACACAACGAUGGAGAUUGAUAGCUUCACCGAGCUGGUGCCGCUGCUGUCCAACUUCUGGCGCACCAUCCCGGCCGCCCAGCAGCUCAAGCUCGAGAGCUCGCUGACGCUGCUGAAGCAAGAUCACCAGCUGGGCCAGCUUUACUUUCUCGGCCGGCUGGAGGCCCAUUCGGUCGCAUACCUGCUCGCGUUCGGCACGCCCGGGCUGGAUGUGUUCCGGGAGCGAAAGUUUUACUACAGCCGGAACGCGGUCGACUGGAUACUGCUGCUCGAGCCGACCGAUUGGACCGAAGAGUGGAGCCGACUGUGGGGAGAAUUUACCGGAAACGCGUCGUUCGCGUUCAAAAUGCGCUCGCUGGCGGCGGGCAGUGCCGGUGUGGUGGUGCGCGAACAGGAUCGGCUCUGGUACGUGAUCCAUGCGAUUCUGCGGGAGGCGGCCGGUGUACCGCGCGGCGCCCUGCGCAUGUCAACCGAACGGGACGUGGUGCUGAACCCGUUCUUCCAGGGGUUGACGCGCGCGGAGAUGGUGCAGCUGGCCAACUAUCAACACUUUCGGCGACCGGAGCGGCCGGCGGAGGAGAAUCUGCGCGGCCGGAAGGAGUGCGAUCUUUCGUUCGACGUGUUCGAUCGGCUGGAGGUGGAUGUGCUGCCGGAGGGCAAAAGUUUCACCAUGCGGUUGGACGAUUCCGGGCGGCUGGUGGUGUGGAGUUCGCUGCACUGGCUGGGGCUGGAAUUUUUCCACAAAGCGGACAGCAACGUGUACGGGUUCUUUUACCAGGGCGAUGGGCGUAAAAAUUGGGAUCUUCCAUUUAUGGUAGAGGUGUAAAUGGAUGAAAGACUAAAUAAGAAACACGAUCCUUUAGAAAAACAUUAAA